GUUAAAAAAAAAAAAAUGCAUUUAUUAAUUUUUGUCUUAACAUAUUAAUAAUAAGGUUUUGAGGGUGGGAAAAAAAAUAUAUUAUGAUGAUUUGCUUCGUGGAUGCCUGCCCUUUCAAGAAGAUCUCCCAAUUAACGUCGUCCCUCAGGCAGUUGCCACCUACUUUUGUCCCACUCAUUGAAAACACAUUAAAAUCUUGAACACAACACAGACUACUCCACGCUAUCCAAAAAUAAACACUACUAGGAUUGAAAAGGACUUCUCAAAAGUUCGGGAACCACCAAAGAGGAAUGAAAAGUUAAUGGGCAACUUUUAGUUGGGGAAUGUCAUGUGCUUGUAGGACCCCACAUCUGGUCCAAAUGCCGAGUUCAUAAUUUCGGCAAUUCGUAUCUGUCAAAAGAAAAAAAAAAUAUUUAAAAAAAUGCAGCCAAAGCUGUAUAUAAGAUUGUGCAAUUGCGAUAGCUAGCCAAUCCAAAAGAAAUGAUGAAGCCGCAAAAUUUUAUUCUCUUCUUCGUCAUUCUCCACCUAUUCGCCGGAGCCGGUUCAUCUCCGACGAAGGCCGCCGGUGGCCACUGGCGAGUUUUGCACCAUAAUAUCGGUGUUUCCGCCACUCACAUGCAACUGCUCAACAACAAUCGCGUUGUUCUUUUUGACGGUGCGCAUUACGGUCCGUCCAAUUUAACAAUGGGUGCCGGAAACUGUCGCCGUCACCGUCGUAACAACAAAGUCGACUGCACAGCACACUCCGCCGAGUACGACGUCGCCACCAAUACCAUCCGACCGCUGAUUAUCGACACCGCCGACGACGGCGUUUGGUGCUCCUCCGCUGCUGUGACGUCAGAUGGCCGAACUUUUGUACGGUUUGUACAAAGUGACGGAGAUGGGAAUGGAGUAGAAGCGAAGGUUAGGACCUAUAAGCCUUGCUCUGUCUCUAACUCUGACUCUGAUUGCUUUGGAGAGGUGAUGGAUGUGGUACUAGCGGCACGACGAGGACACCCUCGAUUCUAUGCCACUAAUCAUGUCCGUCCAUCUGGCAGACACAUCAUCAUCGGUCCUGGGCGUGGUUCCCUGUUUGCUUACGAGUUCUUUCCUAAAACCCAAUCGGUAUCUUCAACGAAACUUCCAAUUUCAAGCAACAACAACAACAAUAAUCUCUACCCAUUUGUGUUUCUUAACACAGAUGGGAACAUAUUUAUUUUCAACAACAAUCGAGCAAUCCUGUUCGAUUUCGUGAACAAUAAGGUCGUGAAGAUUUACCCAGAAAUACCAGGUCGAGGAGAUUCGACGACUUAUUACACCUCUGCUGUGCUUCUUCCCUUGAAGAAUCUCAAAUCGAACGUGGGAGUAGAAGAAGAAGUAUUAAUCUGUGGUGGAGCUCCAAAAGGUUCAUACUCUCAGGCACUAAAAGGUAACUUCAUCAGAGCUUCAAAUACUUGUGCCCGCAUCAAAAUAACCGACCAGAAGCCUCAAUGGGUCAUAGAAACCAUGCCUCAAGCCAGAGUCAUGGCGGAUAUGACAUUGCUUCCGAACGGCGACGUCUUGAUCAUAAACGGAGCAGAAGCUGGGACUGCAGGCCGAAAUUUGGGCCGGAAACCAGUUUUCCAGCCAGUUAUUUACCGACCCAAUAGCAAAGAUGGAGAGGGAUCAAGGUUCAAAUUGCAGAACCCAAGCUCCAUACCCAGGAUGUACCUUUCCACAGCGAUACUACUCAGGGAUGGCAGAGUCCUAGUUGGUGGAAGCAAUCCAAACAUGAAAUACAGUUUCUCAUCAGAAGUGGCUUUCCCAACGGAGCUGAGAUUGGAAGCCUUUAGUCCCUGGUAUUUAGAUGAAGAGUUUUCGAAUCUUCGCCCCACCAUUAUCUACCCGCCUAAUGAUACAAAGCUUGGUUAUCGGGAGAAGCUGACUGUUCGGUUUACAGUGAUCGGUAAUGGGGGUGGUGGUGGUCCAAUAGCAAAAGAUUCGGUGUCGGUGACAAUGGUAUCGCCGUCGUAUACCACCAACUCAUUCUCAAUGAAUCAUAGAGAGUUAGUACUUGAACCUGAAAGAGUCACUCAAAUUGUACAAAACGUGUACGAAGUUGAGGUCACCACACCAGCUUUUAGGAACCUUGCACCUCCUGGGUUUUAUCUUUUAUUCGUGCUUCAUCAAGAAAUUCCAAGUGAGGGAAUUACUGUCAUGAUCGGCUAGGUCUCAUUGUAAUGCAAACCAACCAGAGUAUUUGGAUUUCUCAAGCUCUUAAUAGUUUCAGGAGAGAGCACAAUUAGAGUUGUCUGGUACCGUCUGUUUACCAAUGUUCUCACCUGGUCAAAGUCCAAAAAAUUAAUGAGAAUUGUGUUUGCCCUCUUUCAAAAUAAAGAUAAGGAUAUGAACUUAGCAAACAAAUUUUUCUUAUCUUCCGGAAUUAUUGACUUUCAAUGAAAUGGAGGAAACUAACAGCAAGAAAGUAGAAAAGAAGUAAAACUGAGAGAUUUUCAUUCAAGCCUACAAAUAACAAGAUUGGUCCUUUUCAAACAAGCCCAAAACCUGAGACUUUCUUUCAGCAAUACAUUUGAGGAUCUGAAACGUCGAAAUAUCAUCUUCAAUGAAUGCAAAGAAUGAAUGGUUAAUUGUAUAAAUAAAGUACACUUUUGCAAGUGAAAACGAAGAGCAAGACAAUAUUCAGAAGGCAAAAAUAGGUAUCCAAACGAACAAAGAGACCUGAACCCAAAUUUUAUCACUUGCAAAUGUAUCACCAACAUACCAGUAAGGCAAGUGGAUAUAUAUAUAUAUAUAUAUAUAUUUAUAUAUUCGCACACUUCCAUCAGACAUGUAGCUUAAACAUUAAGCAACAUAAUGACAAAUAGAAAUUUACAUUUCUUUUUCCCCCAAACUGAAAGCAUCCUAUGGAGACUUUAGUUGUUAGCCACCUCCAUCCACAAUAAUUAUGCAUGUAUGUGCGACCCAAAAAAAAAUUGUAAUUUAGCUGUUUAGAUUCAUAAUUUACAGUUUAGAUUCAUACUUUCACAAUUAGUAUGUAACAGAUAUCAAAGAGAGGUUUGUCUCAAACACAAGGCAACUCCCACGUCGAACUCUUAACUUUAAAAGGUUGCAGAUAUUUCCUCCAUCUUCAAACAUGUUUUACAGGCUGAUGUUAAAAAGCCCAGAUAAUUUAAAAUUAACAAAGAUUUUUAACAGCUGAAAAAUGACAAGAAUGUCUAACUGGAAUAUUCUUUCUCCUGUCGGUCAUAUCAAAACAUAACCAAAAAUUAGCAGAAACAACAUUCCGGACAACUAAAAUUUACAAAAAUUAAAAACUUAUCUUCUUGAGCGAUGGGGGAAUCAUCAUAGGAAUAAAGUGAAGAAAAAGGAGAACAGAGGGAACUAAAACUUAUACAUGUAUGCGUGACACAUAAUUUGACAUUGUCUGCUAAAACUUUUAUCUAUGCUUGACUCAUAAUUUGGUAUUGUCCGCUGAAAAAUUAAUAAAAUUCGAAAAAAUAAAAAUAAAUAUAUCAUCACUAUAUUUAUAUUUUCCAUAGAAUAAUUUUUUGGCUCGUAUUCAUUCAAACCAGACAUUGAAAAUUCAAGGGUUAAUUGAGGUUUGAAUUUCUAAGAUUUUUCACAUUUAUCAAAUCCAUUGGUUAACCCAGGAAACAAACAAGAUCUCCAUAUCUGGAAUUAAAAAUAAUAAUAAUAA